AACCGCCGCCAGCCGCGCGCGCGUUUGGACCAACCGGCACACGCGCGAGCUUCCCCCUGGCGGGCGCCGGCGCACGGGACUUUACCUGAGGGGAAGGCAAGAUGGCGGAGAGCGGGCCGGGGUCUGAGGGGAGCAGCGAGGAGGAGCUGCCCGCCUUCCCCUCCCUACUGCGGCCGUCGCCGCCGCCCGGCGAGCUGGGCUGCCGGCCGUCCUCCUCUCCCGCUCCCAAGUCGGGAGGGAUCGUGGUGGUGAGCAGUGAGAGCGAAGCGGAGGAAGAGGAUGGCGUGGAGGAGGAGGAGGAGGAGGUGGUGGAGGUCGUCCCUCUGGCUGAGAGGAUCAAGAGGAGGAUGGGAGCAAAGAGGGCGGUGGCUUUUGAUCCCCCCCAGACGGGCGGUGGCGAUGCCGCCGGGCGAGCUGGCCUUUGUGUUAGCGGUGGCCUGUUGGCAGCUGAAAGCAGAGGGCCGCAGGGAGUCUUGGUGACGUCUGGAGAAGUGUCUUGUGGUAGCCAAAAUGACACACUCGGUGCUGAGAGGCCUACCUUGUGCCUGCUGCCAGCCUCUCCAUCUGACUCCACACAUCAGCCUGGUAGACCUCUAGUUAGCGGAGCAAGCCCAGAGACAUCCCCUGCUCCCAAGAAGCCAAAAUAUAGUCAGAAGGAAAGGGAGGCAGUCUGCCAGGCUAUGUGGCAGAGGAGGAAGGAGCGAGAAGCACAGAGGAGGCAGCAGGAGCAGGAAAAAGAGAGGAAGAGGGCCCUUGCCAAGAUACUGAAGGCUCAGCGACCGGGGGAGUGCCAGAAAUACAUAACAGUGGUGCUGGAUGCAGUUCUCUUACAGGUGGAAGGCGGUGGACAGAUCCUUAGUGCUUUGCAGGCUGCAAAUUAUUCCUGUGUUGUUGAGGAUCAGGGUGUUCCCUGCAGCAUCACCUGGAGGAGAAAGAGUGUAUCAUCUCAGAUGGAAGAAGGAGAUAAAUGGACAGAAGAACCAAAUGUCCUGAUUCUGCUUCGCUUGGAGGAGUUUUUGUCCAUGGUUCACCACUACAAACAAGAGGCUGAGGGCUGUACAGAAGGACAGAAGGAGACCCUACAGAGCUAUGUAGCUCGUGUGAUGGAGAAAAUGCCUGGGAAAAUUCUGGCACUGGCAGUAGUUGAAGUAGAAAAUUAUUUCAGGUCUCUCAGAGUUCAGUCAAAAAAGAGACUGCAACAGGCAGCAGCGAGUAAAAACCAAGAAGAGGAACAGGGAAAACAGAGAAAAAAGACAGUUAGGGAUUCUAGCCUGGAGAUAACCAGAAUGGAUGUGGAAGAAGCCUUAGUGGAUCUGCAGCUGUGCAAACAAGUCCAAGUUAGCUUUUUUGAGAGCUGGGAGGAGCUCGGAGAAUUUGCCACUAUGUUCACAAAAGCUGUAGCUGAAGCCCCGUUCAAGCGAGAGCGGGAGAAGACGGGGUUCUCUUUCUACUUGGAGAAGGGGUGGUGCGGAGGGGUGAAGGUGGAUCAUUCCGGAAAGGGUCUCUUUGAAGUUUGGAAGAGGCAGAUACAACAAUUUAACCGGGUCAGCCUCGAGAUGGCUGAGGCUAUUGUGUCUGCAUACCCUUCUCCUCAGCUUCUGAACCAGGCCUACAGCAGAUGCUCCUCGGAGCAGGAGCGGGAGAACAUGCUGGCUAAUAUCCCUGUGUGCCGCGGUGAGGGUGUGACAGCCACCUCCCGGCGGAUCGGACCAGAACUCUCCCGACGGAUCUAUCUGCAGAUGACUUCCCACGAUCCUGAUCUCUAUUUGGAUUUCACUGGGUAGCCCUAGGGAAUUAGAGUUUUACUGUUUGCCUGGUUUAAGUAUUCAGCUUCCUGCUGGGAAGAAGUGCUUAGACAACAAAUAGAGCCAUUGAUCCUAGUUUAAAGACUUUAAGCACUUUUAGACUUCACUGUAGCAGAAGAAGGUUGGAUAAAAUUGCUGAAGGGCUGGAGCUUAUGCAAGAAAGGUGAACAUCUUCUGUAAGAGAAUGAGCUGGGCACAGCUUAUAGUACUGAUAGUUUCUUUUAUUUGUCUUCAGAGAAAAUAAAUCAUUUUCAGUAAUAAUGA